GGUGUGGAAGAAGCCUGGCAGCCCACACCCUAUAAAUGCUGUUGUCCACCUGUAUGCUCUGACUUGAAGGCAGAGACCCAAGCAGCUGGAGGCUCUGUGUGUGGCAGCCUGGAAACCCCACAACCUCCAGCCGGAGGCCUGAAGCGGGAGACCACGCCAGCUGCCAGAUGAUGCUGGGAAUUUUCCUGGGUGCUUCGGGUCUUCCCAGCACUCUGGUCUCGCCUGCCCUGCCUCUCGGGCUCUGCCCAGCUUCCUGAGUCCUGACAGAGCACAGUGGGGGAGAUGUUGGCAGAGGCGGCAGAUGGGCUCACGGCCAUCCCUCCUGCAGGAGCAGCAGCUGGAGCCGGAGCCAUGUGGCUGUGCCCUCUGGCCCUCACUCUCACCUUGAUGGCAGCCUCUGGCGCUGCGUGCGAAGUGAAGGACGUUUGUGUUGGAAGCCCUGGUAUCCCCGGCACUCCUGGAUCCCAUGGCCUGCCAGGCAGGGAUGGGAGAGAUGGUGUCAAAGGAGACCCUGGCCCUCCAGGCCCCAUGGGUCCGCCUGGAGAUAUGCCAUGUGCUCCUGGGAAUGAUGGGCUGCCUGGAGCCCCUGGUAUCCCUGGACAGGCGUGGAGAAGGGGGAAAGCUGGCGACGAGGCCUCAGGAGACAAAGCAGUCAGUGGCCUGACCCAGUCUCCUCUGCUCCCAGCCCUCAGUCUACAGGAGUCCAUACUGGCAGUAGGAGAGAAGGUCUUCUCCACCAAUGGGCAGUCUGCCACUUUUGAUGCCAUUCAGGAGGCAUGUGCCAGAGCAGGAGGCCACAUUGCUGUCCCGAGGAAUCCAGAGGAAAACGAAGCCAUUGCAAGCUUCGUGAAGAAGUACAACACGUAUGCCUAUGUGGGCCUGACUGAGGGUCCAAGCCCUGGAGACUUCCGCUACUCAGAUGAGACCCCUGUAAACUACACCAACUGGUACCCAGGGGAGCCCGCAGGUCGGGGAACAGAGCAGUGUGUGGAGAUGUACACAGACGGGCGGUGGAAUGACAGGAACUGCCUGUACAACCGACUGACCAUCUGUGAGUUCUGAGAGGCAUUUAUGCCACGGGACAGGGAGGAUCCUGUCUGGCCUUCAGUUUCCAUCCCCAGGAUCCCCUUGGUCUGUGAGAUGCUGGAACUCCCUUUCAACAGAAUUCACUUGUGGCUAUUAGGGCUGAAGGCAUCCUUAACCACUUCAUUCCCCUGAUGGGCCCUGACUCUUCCCCCAAAUCACUGGCCAGCCUUGACACUUCCCUUGCAAACCCUCCCAGCACUGCACCCCAGGCAGCCACUCCUAGCCUUGGCCUUCAGCAUGAGAUGGAGCCCUCCUUAUUCCCCAUCUGGUCCAGUUCCUUCACUUACAGAUGGCAGCAGUGAGGUUUUGGGGUAGAAGGACCCUCCGACGUCACACAGAGUGCCUGCCUCCUGGUCCCUUCUGCUCUCCCUCUGCAGCCCACUGCCUGCCCAGUGCCAUCAGGAUGAGCAGUCCUGGCCAAGCAUAAUGGCAGAAAGAGGUGGACUUCAGGGAAACCCUAUGUGGAGCUAAGGCCACAGUGGAGAUUCUCUGGCACUCUGAGGUCUCCAGGGCAGGCCUGGUCAGGUUCUCCAGGUGGUCAGAGAGCCCAGUGGUGCCCCAGAACAGUGGUGUCCAAGCCAACCCCAUGACUGACAUGUACAAUUUACUCCUUUGAGUCUUUGGAUGCCAACUCAGUCCCCUGACCUGAAGACAGCUGGCCUAGGCCUCUAGAGUAGAGCCCCCCAGUGCAGACGUGAUCCAAGUAACUUUCUGCUGAUGAACGACUCUGCACCCCACUUCAGACCUCGGUGGGCAUUCACACCACCCCCUCCCCCCACACCACUGGCUCCACUUUCCCCUUCCAUUAAUCCAUUCACCCAGAUAAUCAUUAAAAUUAACGUGUGCCAGGUCUUAGGAUGUGUCUUGGGGUGGGCAGGGUACCCAGUGACUCUUGGGGAUAUUUAUUCUCCCUGAGUCUGUGUCUUCAUCUAUGAAAUGGGGAUAAAAUACUUGUUGCUGUCACAAUUAUUACCAUCUCUCCAGCUAGCAAAAUUACUACCAGAGCUGUUACUAAACACAGAGGCUAUUGACUGAGCACAUACCACGUGCCACACACCUUGACAAGCAAUUCUAAUACAGCUUAUUAUGUACUAUUCAAUCUUCACGCAAUGUCACGGGACCAGUAUUGUUUACCCAUUUUCUAUAAGGACACUGAAGCUUGGAGGAGUUAAAUGUUUUGAAUAUUAUUCCAGAGAGCAAGUGGCAGAGGCUGGAUCCAAACCCACCUUCCUGCACCUGAAGCUUAUGCUUCCAGCCACCCCACUCCUGAGCUGAAUAAAGAUGAUUGAAGCAUAAUAAAUUGUGAA